GGAUGACUGCUGGUCUCUCUCUCUCCUUCUCCAGUAACUGGAGGCACAAGUUCCUUCUUCACCAGCCUCAACUUCAUCUCUCAGAAAGUCUGGGCUGUGUACUGCCACAACAGCCAUGGCACCAAAAAAGAACAAAGCAACCAAAAAGAGUAAAGGAGACAUAAAUGAGAUGACAAUAAUGGUUGAGGAUAGCCCCAUUAACAAGAUCAAUGGGCUGAACACCCUGUUGGAAGGAGGAAAUGGCUUCAGCUGCAUCUCAACUGAAGUUACAGAUUCUGUGUAUGCCCCCAACCUCCUGGAAGGAUUGAGCACCAUGAGGCAUGAAAGCUUCCUCUGUGACCUGACAGUUGCCACCAAGUCAAAGUCAUUCGAUGUACACAAGGUUGUCAUGGCUUCCUGCAGCGAGUACAUUCGUAACAUCUUGAAGAAGGAUUCUGCACUCCAGAAGAUUGACUUGAGUGACCUCUCGCCUGUUGGUCUCGCCACAGCAAUCACAUAUGCAUACUCUGGAAAGCUGACCCUGUCACUGUACAGCAUCGGCAGCACUAUCGCUGCAGCCAUACUGUUGCAGAUCGGCACCUUAGUGAAGAUGUGCAGUGAUUUCCUCAUGCAGGAGCUCAGCGUUGAGAACUGCAUGUACGUGGCCAAUAUUGCUGAUGCCUAUGACCUGAAAGAAACCAAAGAGGCUGCUCAGAAGUUCAUGCGGGAGAACUUCAUUGAGUUUUCUGAGAUGGAGCAGUUCCUGAAGCUUACUUAUGAGCAGAUCAGUGACUUCCUCUCAGAUGAUUCCUUGCAGCUCCCCUCUGAAGUCACAGCCUUCCAGAUUGCCAUGAAGUGGUUAGACUUUGACGAGAAGAGGUUGAAGUAUGCUGCAGAUCUCCUAACUCACAUUCGCUUUGGCACCAUCUCUGCUCAAGACCUGGUAAAUCAUGUCCAGAGUGUGCCCAGAAUGAUGCAAGACUCUGAGUGCCACCGUCUCCUUGUUGAUGCCAUGAAUUACCAUCUGCUGCCAUACCAACAGAAUAUCCUUCAGUCACGCAGAACAAAAGUACGUGGUGGCCUAAAGGUAAUACUCACGGUUGGUGGACGCCCAGCCUUGACAGAGAAAUCUCUUAGCAAAGAUGUCCUGUACAGGGACGCUGACAAUGUGUGGAAUAAGCUGACAGAAAUGCCAGCUAAGAGCUUUAACCAGUGUGUGGCAGUCUUGGAUGGCUUCCUGUAUGUGGCAGGUGGUGAGGACCAGAAUGAUGCAAGAAACCAGGCUAAACACGCUGUCAGCAACUUCUGCAGGUAUGAUCCUCGCUUCAACAACUGGAUUCACCUGAACAACAUGAUCCAAAGACGCACACACUUCAGCCUCAACACCUUCAACGGUCUCUUGUUUGCCAUCGGUGGACGAAACGCCGACGGUGUUCAGGCCUCAGUGGAGUGCUACGUACCCUCCUCCAACCAGUGGCAGAUGAAAGCACCUAUGGAGGUGCCCCGCUGCUGCCAUGGUAGCUCCCUCAUCGACGGCAAGAUCCUUGUAUCUGGAGGUUACAUCAACAACGCCUACUCCAGAGCUGUGUGUUCUUACGACCCAUCCACCGACACCUGGCAGGAUAAGAGCAGCCUGAGCACACCUCGAGGCUGGCACUGCGCCGCCACGGUGGGAGACCGGGCCUACGUCAUCGGUGGCAGUCAGCUGGGAGGUCGUGGGGAGAGGGUGGAUGUCCUCGCCGUCGAGUCUUACAACCCUCACAGCGGCCAGUGGAGCUACUGUGCACCUCUUCACACAGGGGUGAGCACAGCAGGUAUUUCCAUUUUGAACAACAAGGUCUAUCUCCUCGGAGGAUGGAACGAGGGUGAGAAGAAGUACAAGAAAUGCAUUCAGGUUUACAAUCCUGACCUCAAUGAAUGGACUGAAGACGACGAAUUGCCAGAAGCUACAGUCGGCAUUUCAUGCUGCGUUGUAAACAUACCCACAAGAAAAACACGAGAGUCCAGAGCCAGUUCAGUUUCUUCUGCACCAGUCAGUAUAUAAAGGUUUAUGAUGGGAUUAUGAUGUACUUUACUGUUUAAAUGUCUCUAGCUUGUCUAUUUCAUAAAUCUAAAUCAUCCCAAAAGUCAUUUUCAAGCAUAAAAUACUGAUUUUGAUUGAUAAUGUUUAAAAAAAAAAAAACCUCUUAUCUUAAUUUUCUUAAAUCUUUUGCAUUUAAAAGAAGAAUUAAUAAAGUUAAAUGUGAUUUUACUGCUGCAACACCAUCACCACAUAGACAAACUGGACAUAGUAAGGUCUCUCGUACCUAUUUUAUUACUUUUAGAAAGAAAUUUCCUUUGGGUCCAAGCUAGUUUGUAAAAUCCAAAAGCCUGUUUUCUGUUUCUGCAGCAAAAAGUUCAUUUGACCUUAAAUAGAGAUGCAAAAAUGGAAAUUGAAAUGCUGUAACAUAACUGUUUUUAUCUACUGAAUCAAUGAUACAUUACUGACUGUUCACCACAUAAUGGUUAAUGAUGUAAAAGUUUAUGGUAACUAUAGGUACUGUGAGUCUCAGAUACUUGAACAGAAUAAAGAGGCAAAAAGCUGGAGCUAGAAUAAGUUUUGGCAUCACCUGCCAGGAGUUGGUGCUGGUGAUUCAUAUUUCGAUUCAUCACAUUAUGACUGCAGUCUUUCUACAUGGCUGUCAUGUACAGAGCAGCAUACAUUAGUCUUGAUAUGUAUGUUGUGUGAUUGUCAAACACUAGCAGUGAAAAGACGAAGAAGGUUCUGUUGGGAAAAUGAUGGAAUGGUGAAGACUGAAUGGUUUAAAUGUGACAAUAAUACACUAUUUUGUAAAAAAACAAAAAGAAAAAUGCAACUUGGUACUUACGUUGUCAGCCUGAGCUUUUCUGGAAGUAUGAUUGCUCAUGUCUUUUAAUGUUUUGUUUGUUUUUAAAUUAAAGAGAUGAAGUGUCA